UCAUUAUUCAAAGCUUCAAAGACAGGAACAUCAAAGAUGGCAGAGAAGAAAAAAGAAGAGAAGGAAAGCAAGGAGACCGAAGUUUUCAUCCUCAAGCUCGAAAACACAACGGUAACAUUCACAAACCCCAAGCUUGGCGAUGAAGUGACCAUUGCAUCACUAAACCUGACAAAUCCGACCAAGGAUCGGUAUGCAUUCAAGAUCAAGUGCACUUCAAACCAGCUUUUCAAGAUCAAGUCACCAGUUGGUUAUAUCAAUCCAGAGGAGAGCUUAACAAUUCCGGUCUACCACUACCCAGCAACUGUCAUUCCGGAGAAUAAUAAGCACUACUUCGUGGUCUACUACAUCAAGGCUGCGAACACAGUAAAGGAAAAGAUUCCAGUUCGUGAUUUGUGGAAAGCGGCAGCAUCAUCAGAAGGAACCCGACGUGUCUUCAUAGACUUCAAAAAACCAGAGCUGCCACCGACUGAAGCUGAAGAUGGAAAGAUGGGUGACGAUAAGAAAAAAGGAAAGAAAGACGACAAGAAAGAAGAAAAGGAUGGAAAGAAAGACGAGAAAAAGGAUGGAUCUGAUGAAGAAGGCAAAAAAGACGAGGGGAAAGGAGAAAAGAAAGAAGAAAAGAAAGACGAUAAAAAAGAUGAUAAGAAGGAUGACAAGAAGGAGGAAAAGAAGGAAGACGGCGCGAAGAAAUGAGAAGUUAAAGAUUGCACUCGUCUCUUCCAAUAAAUGAUUUGUAAUUAAU